UUCUGGCAGUCAGAAAACUUGUCUGACAAUGGCAUUCACUUCACCGGUGAAAAUUAUGUUGUUUUAUCAUGUGACGUCAUCGGUUGCUGACAAUUCAGACAAGCCAGUAACAGAUAAUCGUGACAUAGCUAAAGAAUUUGACGAUUUUAAAAAAGCUAUGACCGAAACCCAUGCACGAGACAUUCAAAGACUUGAGGAUAUUAUAAAUGCUCAAGGAAUGCAAACUCAAAAGCUUGAAUCUGAAAAUGCUAUGAAGGAUUCUGCAAUACAGGAUCUGCAAGGAAAAAUAGAAAAAAUGACUGCAAAGGAAAACAAUGAUUUUAUAGGUACUGGUAAAUCACACAGCGACGAAACUUCUACCAAAUCACAAGUCUCCCAGAAGAAGAGGGGUCAAAGUAAGAUGGUGAGAAGAGGAAGCGCCGAAAGUAAAGUUGCAUUUUUUGCCUCAGUUACACCCACCCUUGAACAUUUGGGUCAAGACCAAGAUAUCAUAUUUGACCACGCUGUUACAAAUAUUGGCAGUGGGUACAUUCCACAUCAUGGAACGUUUGUGGCUCCAGUCUCUGGAACGUAUGUUUUCUUUAUCACAGUAGAAAAACUAGAUAAACUAGACACAGCGUAUACCUGGGGUCAUUUUGUUGUUAAUGGGUCAAUUGUUGCGAAACUAGAUUUGAAUUACGGACAAUCCUCUCAGACGGUAAUUGUAAAUCUGAGACAAGGAGAAGACGUUUCAGUGCAAAACACAGAGACCGACAGGACCAUAAGAGGGGACCGCUACAGCACUUUUAGUGGAUUUCUGUUGUAUGAAGAUUUCUCUGUUAACAGCUUUGUUGGCUAAAAACAAUUUGACUGGACAUCCUAAAUCAACUGAUAAUUUUUAAAACAGUUUCAAAUUUUUGUAGUUUGUAAUAUACUUUUUUUUGUAGUUGAAAUUAAUAUUUCUAAAGGCAUAGAGUAAUGAAUGCCAAAAAGUUUGGUUAGAUAAACUAAAUUUUGUUGCA